AUGCUCAAGUCGCUUCUCGUCACCCUUGCCAGUGCCGCUUUGGUAUCUGCGCACACGGUCAUCACAUAUCCGGGCUGGAGAGGAAACAACCUGAUCACAAACGAAACUUUCCCAUUUGGAAUGCAAUGGAUAUAUCCAUGCGGUGGUAUGGGCACAUCCACAAACAGGACAAAGUGGCCAGUAACAGGCGGAACCAUCGCGUUCCAGCCAGGCUGGUUCCAGGGCCAUCCGACUGCCUUUAUAUAUGUCAAUCUUGGCUUCGGAACCGAUGGACCUGACCACGGUCCCAAGAAUAUGAGCAACCCGAUGUCGCCUCCUUUCCAAAUUGUCGGCCCCAGCAAGAACCCAUAUCCCGGCACCGUCUGCCUGCCGCAAGUUCCGCUACCGGCGGGCGCGAACGUCAAGAUUGGUGACAAUGCCACCAUUCAGAUCGUCGAGUUAGCUCUUCAUGGCGCAGCGCUUUAUUCGUGUGUCGACAUCACGUUUUCCGACCCCAACGACCCCGACCUCGCCGAGGUCAACGAGACAAACUGCUUCAACAGCACCGACAUAGGUUCUGCUAAUAUUUACACCCAGAUCGUCACUCCAUCUGGCGGCAACGUCUCCAGCGCCGCGCAGCGCACCCUCAAGGGCAGCACCUUCACGCUGCUCGGGUGGUUGCCGCUCGCGCUGGUUGGCCUCUGGGCGUUGGUAUGA